CGAAAACGUCUGAAAUGAGGUAUUCAAUUGGAACAUAAAAAGUGUGAGGGACAAUCGGUGUAUUCACUUGAACGUACGACGUUAUUGUAGACGGAGAUAAUGACUAUAAAUUUGCACCAAAACAUUCCCAUUACCAUGAAUUUACAUCUCUAUGCAAAAUCCACGCACCCAACUUUCGCCAUUACAAAUCAAAACACCAAAAAUAGAAAACUGCAUAAUCCAAAAACCCACACUAGUCUUCAAAAAUCACGCCAAACCCAACUGUUUCUCAACCGGAAAAUCCCACCCAAAACCAAACUUGAAGCUCUUGAAACUGUCAUCACUAACUUAGAAACCACUGUAAAAAAUGGCACUGAUAUUUACGACCCUCAAAUAUUUGCUUCCCUUUUAGAAACAUGCUUUCAUUUACAGGCUAUUGAUCUCGGUAUCCGUGUUCAUUGCCUGAUUCCUGAGAAACUUUUACGUAAAAAUGUAGGCAUUUCGUCGAAGCUGAUUAGACUUUACGCGAGUAGUGGACAAACUCAGAAAGCCCAUGAACUGUUCGAUAAAAUGCCUAAGAGAAACGCGUCGGCAUUUCCUUGGAAUUCGAUUAUAUCAGGGUAUGCUGAGAGGGGUUUGUUUGAAGACGCGUUAGCGAUGUAUUUUCAAAUGGUGGAAGAGGGCGUGGAGCCCGAUUGUUACACUUUCCCACGUGCGUUAAAGGCGUGUGGAGGUGUCGGGUUGAUCCACAUAGGAGAGGAAGUUCAUCGACAUGUGAUUCGUCGUGGAUUUGGAAGUAACGGGUUUAUUCUAAAUGCACUUGUUGAUAUGUAUGCAAAAUGUGGUGAUAUCGUUAAGGCUCAGAAGCUUUUUGAUCAAAUUGGGACGAAGGAUUUAGUUUCUUGGAAUUCAAUGCUUAUUGGAUACUUAAGGCAUGAGCUUGUAACUAAGGCGUUGAACCUUUUUCGUCUUAUGAUACGUGAUGGAAUAGAACCGGACUCUGUCUCAGUGUCAGCGUUACUUGUGGCUAGAUUACCUUUCUUAAUUGGAAAGCAAAUUCAUGGAUGGGUUCUUCGUCGAGGGACUAAUCAAGAGUUGUCCAUUGUUAACUCAUUGGUUGAUUUCUAUGCAGGCCGAAAAAAGUUGAAGCAAGUGAGAUGGUUGUUUGAACAUAUGUGUGAACGGGAUUUAGUAUCGUGGAAUUCAGUCAUUUCUGCUCACUCUAAGCACCCUGAUGAAGCCCUUUCAUACUUUGAGCAGAUGGUGAAAUCCGAUGCCCUGCCAGAUGGCAUCACAUUUGUGUCGUUGUUGUCGUCAUGCGCUCAUUUAGGGAAAGUAGAGGACGGGGAAAGGUUGUUUAGAGUUAUGAAAGAGAGGUAUGAUAUUAGUCCAAGGAUGGAACAUUAUGGUUGUAUGGUGAAUCUAUAUGGAAGGUUAGGAUUGAUAGACAAAGCUUUUGAUUUUGUAACGAAGAGAAUGGAAUUCGAAGCUGGACCAACCGUUUGGGGUGCAUUGUUAUAUGCUUGCUACAGAUAUGGCAAUGUUAAAAUAGGAGAGGUAGCGGCGCAACAUCUGUUCGAGUUGGAGCCAGAUAAUGAGCAUAAUUUUGAGCUUUUGAUGAAGAUUUAUAAGAAUGCUGGUCUAACAGAGGACGUAGAGAGAAUAAAGCUAAUGAUGGUAGAACGAGGAUUAGAUACUUUGUUACCAUACAGAAGUCGUUGAAGUUCCUUAAAACGACACUUUGCCAAUGAUUUUGCACUUUUGCAGUACAUUAAAGAAGAGCAUGAUCGAAUAAUUUUUAAGCAAAUAAAUAUUUUGGGCUGGUGAAAUUGAGUUUUUACGGAUGGAUGAAAACAUCAGAUGAAUGAAUUGUGAGAAAACUGCUUGAAGAGCUGUUACACAUUUUAGUGAGUUUCAUAGAAGCACGACGAAGAAUUUCCAGUUUAAUUUAACUGUGAAAAUAGCUGCAUUUCUAUGCACUUUGUAGUCUGUACCAUAUUCUUUGGGUUUCUUAAUGAUUUGCCUUCUUUGAUA